UGCUUCGAUUAUGAGACAUAUUUAGGUUUGCAUAUAAAUUACUUAUGAACUAAUCAAAGGCUGGCAAUCGUUGGGAGUUUGUUUAGAGAGCGAGCUGUCAGCCGACGUUUUCACUCGACCACUACUUUGAUCGCACACAGUUUAGCAAGGCAAAUGCAUUUGGACCAGUGACGCAUCAAAUGGUCUUAGUGUUCUGAAGAUGAAUUCCACUGUGAAUGGUACGGAAAACCCUUGGUUUUACUACAAGGAACCAGUAGCUCUGAAGGUCUCCAGACAGGUAUUACUCAUAACUCUAGCGUUGCUCGGUGUUUUGGGCAAYUUGUURGUCRUCAUCGUGAUCACUAAACGAGCAAACAUGAAAACGACUAUGAACCUCUACYUGCGCAAUCUCGCCAUUGCUGAUUUAGGUGUACUUUUGAUAAACUUCCCACUAACAACAGUUGCUGAGAGCACCACAAGGUAUCCAUUUGGAAAGUUUUUUUGUCUGUUCAUUGCGCCUGCUACKGAGAUCUUUUACGGUGCAUCGAUCUGGUCCAUCACUAUCAUUGCCAUAGAAAGAUACAGGAACAUCAUCAGUCGUCGAUCGUUUGGUAGACGCGCAGAGUCGUCCAGGAAAAUAACAWUGAAGAUUCUUGUCAUUUGGUUCGUGUCCUUCCUUGUUGUAGCUGUACCAAUGUACCCUAUCAUGUUCUACAAAGAAGACCGCCAAGGCAUCAUGUGUUACCCGGACUGGCCAAAGUCCAUGAUAUUACCAUACACAGUUGGUCUGGCGAUAUUCUGGUACCUACUACCACUCGGAAUCAUAACAUUCACAUACGUAAAGAUCUCAAGACGACUCGUGCAGAGCAACCAGUUCCAUAAGGGUAUGCACGGAGAUGACUUUACAAAGAGUAAGUUAAUCCGACAAGAAGAGAAACAACGUCUGAAGCAGAACAAGAAAGCACAGCGCAUUCUAACACCACUUGUUGUAGUAUUUGCAUUGUCCAUGCUUCCCUUAACAGCCUUCCGCCUCACCUUCGCUCUGUACCCCCCGUUUUUGUUGUACAAGUUCUACUAUCUGUUGUUUAGUGUCUGUGCGUUUUUCGUGGUACUUAACUCCGCCGCAGACCCAGUUGUUUACUACAUUUCAAGCAAAGAAUUCCGUAAAGUAGUUGUAGGUUAUAUGUGUCAAAGUGGUGGCUCCAGCAGAGAGAGCACCCAAGUAGCUUCACAAGCCGAUAGCAUGGCUAGUAACACUAUGAACUCAGUUGUGCAAUCAAAAUGCUGAGCAAGCACAAGAUAAGAAAAAAAUCAAAUCAGAGGGACUAGUUGGAAAGCUUCGAGAACAGUUGAUCAAACAUCAACCCUUGCGAUUAAUAGCAGAAAGCGACAAAGCCACAUGCUAGUAAUCAUAAGGUGACUCAAAAAUGACAGAUGAGCAAACAACGUUGCACAAAAUGAAAAAGAUGGAAUCUUUCCUAUUACUAACAUAAGUAUAGAUGUGGAAAAACACUCAAACAUCGAUAAACGUGUACGUGCACUACAUGGAGAAAAAUAAACACUUCGAACWGGUGUCAGAACAGWGAAUAAUGUGCUCUCACUUUCAUGAUCAAGAUAAAAAUCCCUCUUAAAAUAGGGGAAGAAGAGAACACCUCAUCAACUGAAUCGAAUGCUAUCUAAUAACACGAUCUAAAAUUGUACCAUUAGACCUUAGGAAGCGAUCAAUGAAUUCACAAUGGAACGAUUGAUCAAAGAGACAAAACAAGAAGUGACCAUGAAAAGUGCAUCGCAGAAAUCAGAAAACAAGUCAAUAAAAAAUGAAUGACAACAGAGAGAAACGAUUAGAUAGAAAACGGCCUCAACAGAAAUAAUAUAACAAAUCUGGUGAAAUCGAACGAGUAAUCGAAACGAACGAAUAAUCGAAUCAAAGAAAACACAUGAAUCGAAUGGAUAAUCAUAUUCUAACCGCUGUAAAUAGCAAUCUGUAACAUCUAAGAACCAUUUGACGAUUUCUUAAAGUUUUAUCCUAUUUAAUUUUUAAAAACCGCAAGAAUUUUACAUUAAAUUUGUUGACCAGCCAGACUGUGCAUAUCCAAAUAAAACCCUYACUUCAAUGAA